CGUGCACCAGCUUUACGACACAGUCUGUUUACGGACAGGAUACACUCACAGCUGAGGAGCUGUUACAUACGGUUACAUACUGCAGACUGUCCUUGUAGAGAUGUGGGCAACUUGUGAGUAUGAAGACACCGAUGCCACUUGCUGAAGUCUGCAGAACCUGACUGAAACUCUGAAACAAAAGAGCGUGACAUGGCAUCUCAGUUCCUUAAGUUUUCCGUGCUUCUUCGGAAGUACCGGACUCCGCUGAUCAUCACCAGCUGUGGCGGGGUCUUUGCAGCCAACAUGUUCUACCAUGUUUUUCCUGACAUAUCGUAUCGUAAGCUGUAUCAGGCCUGGCACAAAGGAGAGCCAGUUGAGCUGUCUGAGAAGCUGGAGGAUGUUUUCCAACAGGUGAUGAAGGACUAUGGAUCGAGUUCAUCUAAGAGUAUCUCUGCAUUCGCCUCCUUUGGGUUCCAUCCAGUCGGUGCUGGUGUCCCUUGGCUCCCUGCAGGCGCCCAAAUUGGCAUCCCAGCGAACUUUAACAGCACAACAGACGACCCGAGCGGCAUCACCAACCGCACCAUCUUCAUCAACGGGGAAGUAGUGGACUGGAGCAGUGAUACUGGCUCAGCUCUGAAGGAGGCGCUAGUGUUUUCCCUUGAUGCGCAGAAGUUUGCCAUAGCGCGAGAAGUGGCCCGCUUGCAGUCUGGAGGACCUGUUCUGACUGCUGUUGUUGCUCCUUUCUGCCUGAGCGGUGUUUGGGUGUACAGUGUGGUGCUGAAGCAAAUGUUUGGACUCCACACGGGGCCGCCGCUGCUUCGUGGGGCCGUGAACGCUUUGGCCCUGGGUCUGGGUGCCGUGUCCUACCUCCUCACCUCAGAUGCCGUGAAGCAGUGGGUUGACUUGAGCUCAGACCGACAUGCAGCGGGAGUGUCCCCUGAUUAUGCCAAAGGAGGGGUCGAAUUUUACAGUAAGAUUCUGUCCAGAAACGUAACACUGCGCUCGCUGAUGGGGCAGAAGGGAGAGGAUAUGUACGCUCCGAGUGGAAACUUGUUUCCUGCUAACCUACUACAGCUGAAACACACACCGUACACAUCCAGGAGGGACAGGAUCCUCACGCUGCUGAAAGAGGAGAAAGCUUGAGAAGAAAUCAGAGAGGAGAUGUUGUAAAGAUGGAUCUCACUUUGGUUUACCUUAAAAGCUGCAGAGUCCCUUAUUCAAAUCCUACUUUAUGCUAAAUGAAGUGGAAGGGUGCCUGACUUUUUCUUUUCAGCUGGACAAAAUCAUUUUUAACAUAUUUGUCAUCAAAUUUGUCAUACCACCCAUGCUAAAUGUAAUUUUUGAACCAUUGAGUGCACAACCAAAUGAGGACAUAGUCUUUUAAAGGUGGGUUUCAAAUGUUUUAUUUAUUCUUCAAAGAAACUGUCUAGUGGGGUAAGUCUGUACUUGUUGUACAAAUAAAAACUUCUGAAGCCUG